AGAAGAGUUAAGCAUAUAUUAAUAUAUAUUAAUGGCAUACAUCUGUUGCAGCUCAAUUCCGUGCAAGAACGAACGCACUUACUAAAUAGAGCUUCUUGAAAUUUAAAUGGAGUAAAAUGUCAAAAAUUAAGCUUCAUGUCCGGAUAAACAAAGCUUCUCAAAACUAGCUUAGUUUAGCUUGAUCGCUGCUACCAGAGACGCGUUUGUGAUCAACGCGUCGCAAAGCAGCGCUCAAGUGUGGCUGUAAAGUUUUUGCGAUUAUCGUGUGGAAAUGUGCGCAAGACGUGUGAAAGAAGAGUACGAGGUGGAAAUUUGUGGAACAACUGAAGAGAACGAGCGACAAGAUCAACUCCCGGACGCUGUUUUCAAGCAGCCUCGAGUUGUGUUACACAGAGCAGACGUCGGUGAAAAAUAUUUUCAUCCUGAGAAGCUGGAGCCCGACUGCCCUCGUAUUAAAGAGGAGGAGGAGGAUAUCACCAAGUUGCCAUUGAGCAUUGUGCCUUUGAAGAGCGAAGAUUAUGAAGACCAAGGUCAGACGUCACAGCGUCAUCACAGUCAAAGUCAGGAGAACAGAGUGGCGGCGCAUCCAAGCAGCAGCUCAAAUCAAGACCACAGUGGAGGAUCACAAGCAGACAGCCUCUUGGCUCCACUAUCAGAUAGUGAUGACAUAAUGUCACACUCUCCCGACACUGAUGAUAAUGAACACUCCAGAGGUGGUAGGACAUGUUACACUGACAACAAACCUUUGAAAUGUUCUCAGUGUGACAAAACCUUUUUCACUAACUACGCAUUGCAAAGACAUUUGAGAACACACACUGGAGAGAAACCUUUUGUCUGCUCCGUUUGUGGUAAAAGAUUCUCUGAAAAGGGACAUGUAAUUAGACACACAAGAACGCAUACUGGAGAUAAACCCUUUUCCUGCUCAGUGUGUGGUCUUAGAGUAACUGAAAAGAGUAGUUUAAAAGCUCACACAAGAACACACACUGGAGAGAAACGUUUUGCCUGCUCAGUUUGCGGCAAAAGAUUCACUGAUAAGCGAAAUUUGGCGACACAUGCAAGCACACACACUGGGGAGAAACCUUUUGCAUGCUCAAUUUGUGGUACAAAAUUUUCUUUGGAGACACAUUUAAAAACACACAUACACAGGCACACAGGGAAGAAACCUUUUUCCUGCUCAGUUUGUGGUAAAGGCUUCUCUGUCAAGAGCAGCUUAGGGAGGCACACCAAAAAACACACUGCAGAUAAUCUUUUUAGCGGAUCUUCCAUCAACUGUAGUUUUGCAUUGGCAAAUAUCCAUCCUGAGCAACAAGAGUUGCGUUCCACAGUGGAACAGCCUGAACCAGAGCCCCAUUACAUUGAAGAGGAAGAUAAGGAAGAUGACACCAUCAAGUUGCCGUUGACUGGUAUCCCUGUAAAUAGCGAAGGUGAUGAUGAACACAGUAAAGGCGAUGUGACAUCUCAAAUUGACAACAAUCACUGGAAAUGUUCUCAAUGUGACAAAACAUAUGGUUCCAAAACAAGUCUAAGAAGACACAUGAUGGUCCAUACUGGGGAGAAACCCUUCAGCUGCUCAGAUUGUGGGAAAAGAUUCGGACGGAAAGCAUUUUUGAUCAUACACACAAGAACACACACUAUGGAGAAAACAUUUUCGUGCUCAAUUUGUGGUAAAAGCUUUGCUAUAAAGGCAACAUUAGUAAGACACACAAGAACACACACGGGGGAGAAACCUUUCACCUGCUCAUUUUGUGGUAAAACAUUCCCUGGAAAGAGCUACUUAAUAAUACACGUAAGAACACACACUGGGGAGAAACCUUAUGUGUGCUCUGUUUGCGGUAAAAGAUUUAUUGAGAAAGGAGGUUUGAACAGACACACAAGAAUACACACUGGAGGGAAACCUCUUACUGGUUCAGUUUGCAACUUUAAUUCAGGAUUGGAAGAGGUUUGUCUUGAGCGGCAGGAACAAGAGCAUCCCCACAUUAAAGAGGAAAAAGGAGAGUUCUCCCACAUUAAAGAGAAAGAUGAGGCGACAGAGCACCUCCACAUUAAAGAAGAGCAAGAAACUUCUAUCACCAAGUUACCCUUGACUGUUGUCAUUGUGAAGAGUGAAGCUGAUCAAGAACAAUCUAAAAGCGAUAUGACAUGUCAGCCUGACAACAAACGUGUGAAAUGUUCUCAAUGUGACAAAACUAUAAGUACCAAGAAAAAUCUGAAAAGACACAUGAUGAUUCACACAGGUGAGAAACCUUUCAGCUGUUCAGUUUGUGGGAAAAGAUUCCUUGACAAGGGACACUUGGCAAGGCACGCAAGUAUACACACGAGAGAGAAACCUUAUUAGUUUUUAUUUUAUGGUCUUCUUUUGAUUUUUUUCUAUUAACUGCAAGAGAUAAAAUGUUGAGUGCGUGUUUUACAUA